GUGCUGCAUCGCUAAAUUAUAUUCUGAUUGUAACAUAACAUGUUCCUAGUCCAAAUACGUGCAGGUUUGUAGGUUAAUUGGCUUGAUUCAUUGGCUUGAUAAAAAUGUAAAAAUUGUCCGAGUUGGCGAUAUGCAGAGUACUGCCCCGCCGACUACAAAACUCAGAAGGUUCAGAAGGCAGUCAUACAAUUUAUGCUGGAGUAAUUCUGAAUGAUUACGCAUUUCAUGCACGUAAAAUUAUUUAAUGUUGAAUAGAUUGAAAGCUGUAUAGAUUUCUUCUUACUGAUAACGUACUUCACAUGUUCAGAAGUUGAGGUGAAGUGUUGUUUCGCAACCGGUGACAUUAAUAAAUAAAAAUAAUAAUUUGUGGUUGUGUUCUCUUCCAGAUGGUGGUAUUUUCAGAGCAGUGCGAAUGUGAAGAAAUUGUUGGAUCUCCCUUCCACAGAAGAGGCUGACAGCGAAGUGGAAUCAGAUGAAGCAGGAUCUUGUUUUGAGAUGCCUACCUGUGAAACUGAUCAGUCAUCAGGACACUUUGAUGGGAAGGCCGGCAUUAAGCCUGUUAGCAUUGUGGAAGACCAAAGAAGUUCAUCACUGGAUGAAGUGCAUCAAAACUUACUGGAUACAGAAUGCAAACAUACUUCACAGGAAUUCUUAAAAAGGUCAAAACCGCAACCAUCUACCCUUCCAGCAAGGCUUUCUUACACGUUAGAUGGCAGAGAAGACAUUUAUGCCAAUUGUAUGGUUGUAAAUCAGGUUGAUGGGAGUGGUAUACACUAUAAUAUUGAUGACGUUACUACUGGAAGUACCAGUACUGAAAACACACAAAGUGGAGAACCAUCUGAGGAGAAUGUUGGUCAGGGUAAUGGCUCCUCACCCUCUAAGGACCCUGAUGUACCAGCUUUAUUGGACACUAACAUAUGUAGGGCAUUUUCGAGUGAAUGUCCUGAAGACCAAAUUGACAAUGCCACAAUUCUCAAAGAAGCUCAGGAUAAUUUAGUGAAACAAGCUUCCAAUUUUUCUUCACUCGAUAGUGUUUUCCGCCGAUCAUUAUUGCUGUCUCAGGGCCAUGGCUGUGCCAAAGCAGAAAGUCCUUCCACAAGCAUUUACAUUAAGCAAAGGUUCAACUUUGAUGGCAUUGAUGCGGACAGUGAAGGAGAUGAAAUUUCAGAUCGAUCUCAGGGUUCAUGUACUCCAAAGUCUCCAAACUCUGCUGCAGCAUUUGCUAGCAGCGGGGAUGAACUGGACUCAUUUGAGACUCACCAGGAAACUGAGAUGGACAUAAAGGGACCUGAAUCCAUCCCUUCCUCAGGCAGACUACUGUCCAAGACUGAAGAUUCUGGGAUUCGAAUGCGAUCAUAUUCCCUUUCCUCGCCUAAAGUAUCGCAAAAUAAAUCUCGAUUUGCAAGGGAUUUUAGUUUGUGUGAUUCCACAAGUGAAGAACAGCGAACCUUCAGUCUAUCCGAGCAACCGAAAGAAAAAAGGGAACUUAGCUUUCGCAAACGGGCACAGUCAGCUGAUGAGGAAGGCUGUUCGGAGCUAGCAGACUCGCUGCAGCACCUGACACUAUCGGAAUUUCUUAAAGAAAUUGACGAGGAAGAGUGGGACAAGUAUAUUAUUCCUUCAAAAGCAGAGACUGAGAAAUAUAAAGUGAGCCGCACAUUCAGUUUCCUCAAGAACAGAAUGACGAGCACCAGAAACAAGGGCAAGGGGAAACACAAGGAUACCAAGGAUAAAGAGAAGUGGAACAAUGCCCAUCACUUUGUUGCAGGGGCUAUUUCAGGGACAGUGCACUGCUUGGUCUGUGACAAGAUUGUCAGUGGAAAAGAUGUUCUGCAGUGCUCCAAUUGUUCCAUGAACGUUCAUAAAAGUUGCAGAGAUUCUGCCCCUAUGUGUAUCAAAAUCAAGCAUCCCAAACAUCAAGACAAAUAUCACAUAGUUUCCAGAGGCAAAGCAGCCCAUUGUAUGCAUUCUAAUUCACUUAAGGAUGCUACAUCACUAUCACUGAACACAUCAUUCUCUUUACCUAUUGGAAUCUCUGCUCUCAAACGAGAAGCCUCGCUACAACAUCAGCCACUGUCAAAAAGUGCUUCAAGUAUCAGUGUAGACAGGAGACUUGGCGAGUCGAUGGAGACAGAAGCGGAUGGCUAUAUUUCCAGGAACAGAUCACAGUCUGAGGAAUUAAUUCAAACAAUGGGCUCGUCUCCUUCAUCAGAAUCACUAUCACUGGACGAUAAUAUGGUCCCUCCAAUGCGUGAAGACCUCGAGUUUGAUGCACAGGAGUUUAAAGCUGAGUCUUGGAGCCUUGCAGUUGAUCAAGCAUUUAGUAGUAAACAACAGAAGGAUCUCAUAAAGAGACAGGAUGUGAUCUAUGAGCUGAUGCAGACAGAGGUGCACCACGUUCAGACCCUGGAGAUAAUGUCAGAGAUUUAUAGGAAGGGCAUGAAGGAGGAGCUGCAAUUAGAUCAUAACACCAUCGAUAAAAUAUUUCCCUCUUUGGAUGAGCUCUUAGAAAUCCACAAACACUUUUUCUUCUGCUUGAAAGAGAGACGCCGGGAGUCUUUCGAGGAAGAUAGUGAAAAGAAUUUUUUCAUUAAUAAGAUUGGUGAUAUCCUUUUACAGCAGUUUACAGAUGAAAAUGCGAGUAAGUUGAAGCACACAUAUGGAGAAUUUUGCAGUCAUCACAAUGAGGCAGUCAGUUUCUUUAAAGAACUGCAACAACAAAAUAAAAAAUUUCAGAACUUUAUCAGGCAACAGAGCAACAACCUGCAAGUCCGACGCCUGGGUGUGCCUGAAUGUAUACUAUUGGUUACCCAACGGAUCACCAAGUACCCAGUCCUACUUGAACGAUUACUGCAAUACACAGAAGAGGGGACGGAGGAGAAUGAGGAUGUGACCAGAUCUCUUGCCAUGAUAAAGGACAUCAUAGUGUCAGUGGAUACGAAUGUCAACAAAUAUGAGAAGGUCCAAAAACUGCAGGACAUCUUAAACAAGUUUGAAAACAAAACGUACGCCAAGUUGAAGAAUGGUCGUGCGUUUAGAAAGCAAGACCUGAGCGGCCGAGACAGAGAACUGCAGCACGAGGGAUCAAUGUACUGGAAAACAGCCACAGGACGGUUGAAAGAUAUCACUGCUCUGCUCCUGACAGAUGUGCUGAUUUUCCUGCAGGACAAAGACCAAAAGUAUACUUUUGCCGCUGUGGACCAGAAGCCUGCAGUUAUCUUACUGCAGAAGUUAAUUGUCCGUGAAGUUGCAAAUGAGGAACGAGGAAUGUUCUUAAUCAGUGCUUCAUCUGCUGGGCCCGAAAUGUACGAAAUACACACAAGCUCAAAGGAGGAGAGGAACAAUUGGAUGAGACUGAUUAGAAUGGCCGUGGAGAGUUGCCCUGAGGAGGAGGAAGAACGAUUAAGCGAAUAUGAAGAGGACAAACGAAUUGCUGAGGCUAGAGCAGCCAAGACCAGGAAAUUCCAAGAGCGGCUGGGUGUGCAAGAUCAGUUGAUUUGCACAUGUUUGGAGGAGAAGUUGCAGAUCCAUACAGACAUGAUUGAAAGACACGGCAGUGAAGAAGUAAAUCAAGAGGCCCUUCUUUUGAUUAGACCAGAUACGGUUGAACUUCCACAGGCUGGAUUUUUAUUGACCGCUGCAGUCAGGGAAGCUGAGAGCCUUCAAACUGCAUUGACAUCUCAGCCAUGCAGCUAUGCUGGGCAACCAUUGGAACAUUUGGGAGAACCAGUGAUGCCAAACAAGCUGGAUGUGUCUGGGAACGUAAUCCAUUAUUCACCACCCUCUGUGUCACCGGACUCCAAGAACCUAGAUAUGAAUCGACCAGUCAUAGAUUCUGCAACGAGACCAUCAGAAAAUGCCCUGAGCGGCUCCGAUGCUCUGAUUUUGCAAGGAGACAGCGAACUCUACCCGCGGAGGCCGGAAAGCUACAUGCAAACGAUUGUUUGGAGAGUGCAGAACCUUACUCGGCUUCUAUACAGUUUACAGGCUGCAGUGACCAUCCAGGACAGUUACAUUGAAGUGCAACGCCUCAUCCUGCAGGAGCGUGAGCGAUUGGCUCACACCCACACCCCCCGAGGAAACGUGCUCCUCGAGCAGGAGAAGCAGCGCAACAUGGAGAAGCAACGGGAGGAACUGGCAAACGUGCGCAAACUUCAGAACCAGCUGCAGCUGGAGCAGCAUCGCUGGGAGCAGGAGAGCGAGCAGCGGCAGAGGGAACAGGCAGCGCGAGAGAGCCGGCUGCAGGAAUGCGAGCAGGAACGCCAAGAGCAGGCAGAGCAGCUACUACGAGACCGAGAGGAGCUGGAUGGCCAGUGGAAGGAAUACCAGCAAAAUCUGGAGAGGCUGAGGGAAGGCAUGAGAACGUUGGAAAAAGAAAAAGAUAAGUUGGAGUUGCAACAGAGGCACAUAAACUCCUGGAAGCACGGUCGGCAGAGAAGUCUUCCUGUGAUGAUGUUACCACGGGAAAUCCCUCAGGCCCCAACACACUCUCAAACAGGAAGCUUGUGCGACACGCCACCAGAGACAGCAUCAAUCUUUGUAAACGAGGCCGCGCUCCACUAUUCGCUGAACAACCACCAGAGAGCAAACAGCGUGCGGACAUUAUCGGAGUCUCACAAGAUGGAGAGCCCCUAUGGUCCCGCUGUUAGGAUCAAUGAGAACUUGAGGCAUGAAGUUCCCGUUCAACUGAGUAUGACCAGCCAGUUCCUGAAAUUCCAUCAACAGAUUCCAGCAAAAUUAGCAAGUUUCUCCAAAGGAAACAAGGAAAAGAACAAAGCUUCCUAUGAUCCAUCCAACUAUAUAAGAGAGAGGGUAUACAUGAAAGGAGAUGAUGCUGAAAAAGCCUGUAGUUCUUCAAGUCAUGUGCUAAUGGAGCAUCAGAGUUUGAUUUUCCAUUCAGAUGUGAACGACAAACAAGCAGACGUGUCUGUGCGGCAAGCAGCUACAAGUGUUCAGCAUCCAUGGACUUUGCAGUCACAACAGUCGGCACACCAGCUAAUAGAAGGGCCCUCGUUUGCCCCACAAGAAAGCAAAAAUGGUCAAGAGGACUUGGCAGAGGAGGAAAACAUAUUCUACUUCUGAAUCUCUUUCAACAUCAGCACUUUUAUGUGAAACUGGAACAACGGGACACCUUGACCUCUCGGUCGCAUUUGGUUAAAUGUUACAAGUACUGAAAUCUAGCAGUAAAUUCUUCACAAAGCCUCGUAGAUCCAGAAAUGCUUAUAAACCUUGAAGUUUCAUGAAAUUUAUUACACGUUUCACUUUAGUGAUAAGAUUGUGAUACAUGCAAUAAUAUAUCAUCUGUUAUGUCAGGCCAGCUGAAGCAGUUGUAAAUCAAAAAUGACUAUAUCUAACUUGCAUACUACUAAUUUCAAGGACAGGUUUUGCGAUUUUUCUAAAGUUAAACACUACCUUGCUUAUUCAGUUUAAACUUAAUUUCCCAGAGGCACAGUGGACCCCUUCGAUGCUGGUUCCAUUUUAUUUUAUCAUGUCACGUAUUUAUUGUCAAAUGCACAAGUGAGGUGAGGUACAAUGAUAACCUUGAAGCAGUAUCACGGAAAGUCUGAACGGUGGUUACUAAUUUUGUUUGUGUGUUUGUUGUACUUGGCCCUCGCUAAAGUUUUGUUUUUCGAUUACAAUUUGAUAUUCCUCUUCAUGAAUAUUACAAAUAUAUUCCUUUAGUCACUUUCCCUACUGAGGUGUUGAAUCAGUUAACCCAAUGUUUUGCACUGUCCUAUCGCAUGCUCGGAAGGUGGCAAUGACCAGACCAUUCUAAUGUUGCAGUAGGUUUCCACAAAGCAAAUAUCACAGGCCAUUGCUUUCCUCCGAAACUCCCUGUGAAAUAUAGUCAUUCAAUGCAUCCCGGAAUUGGCCAGCCCCUGUAUAUCCACUGAUUUCCAGGUUAGUUUGAUUCACCUAUUUGGCAUCUUUCAUGUACAGUACUACAUUUUCCUUUAAGAGCCUGAGUUGAUGAUUGUUUUGUCCAAUUUGUGCUCAGACCACUAGUUUAAUGAAACAAUCCACAUUUAUAAUGUUUGAAGAAAGGUCUUGACCCGAAACACCAUCUAUUCCAUGUUCUCCACAGAUGCCGCCUGACCCGCAGAGACUCCAGCACAUUGUGUCUUUAUGUGCAUCUAUAAAGUGUUGUCCAUGAUCUCAAACUGCCCAAAAUGCUUUACAGUCAGUGAAGCAAUAGGUUUCUGUUUAUCCAUUGAUCUUUGAUUUGAUAUUCCUUUCUAUUAAUGUCCUCCUCAUUGUUUAUAUGCAUUGUCCAAAGUUUGUUAUAUAUUUCUUUAAUGACCCACUGUCAAUUAUCCUUCCUGAGCAAAUGUGGUUCGAGAUGCCUCCAGCACCCUAAGUAAUUUUGUUGUAAUCUUCUGUGAGUUCACUUUCUGAGACCGGUGUUUCAUCUGUCAGGCUGAAGAACCUGUAUUUCUCUUGCCACAAAUUAUAUUGUAGUUUCAGAAAAUGGACCACAAAUGCCACUGUAAUCGCCUUCUGUUUUAACCUACAGAAAAUGCUGAUUAUGUUUUAUAUACUCAUCGCCUCAGCAUGUCUCACCACUUUGUUCCUCUGAAGAUAGACACAAUAUGCUGGAGUAACUCAGCGGGACAGGCAGCAUCUCUGGAGAGAAGGAAUGGGUGACGUUUCAUGUCAAGACCAUUCUUCAGACUGCGUGUUCGAUAGAAUGUGGUUCAUUUUUCAAUCUAAAAGCUUACUUUGAUUUUUGCUCCGUUAAUUGUUUGUCAUUCCUGGUCUUGGCCUUUCUUUUUUUUCACUCGCACAAGAAGAUUUGAUGCUAUCAGCAAACCCUCUGUGUGCAUUUCUAAAUAAUUUGAGUGCAUGUUGCAAACAAUAAAGGAACACGCACUGAUCUGUGAGCAUCCUGCCAGCCACCUCCUUCAUGCUGAUGCAGCUCCAGGCACAGUGACCCUUUGUGAGUUCAGAAUCAACUAAUUUCCAGUUCACUUCAGAAAUUUGGCUGCCAUUUAAAAGAAUGUGCCCUUGGGUUUAUUAACCUUUAAAACUGCCUACAGUUGUGUUUGUAAUUCCUUGUUGAACUGUUUUUGAUGUUAAACUCUGGUCCUGCUUAUUCUCGUUUAUUUUUGAAUGUUACUUUUUUUUUUGCACUUUAAAAAAAACCUCAAUGAUGUUCUUUGCAUGAGUUUGGAAUCAUCAUUGCAUCCCAUAUCUCCCACUCUGCCUUCAGGGUGGCCACAUUAAUACUUUUGGGUCACAGUAUAAAGGUGCAUACUGAUCGCCUAGAACAGGGAAAUCCAGGGCAGCCAGGGUUCGAUCCUGACUAUGGGUGCUGUCUGUACGGAGAUGGUACAUUCUCCCCGUGACCGCAUGGGUUUUCUCUAAGAUCUUCGAUUUCCUCCCUCACUCCAAAGACAUUCAGGUGUAGGUUAACACCUUACAACCCUGUGGUGUUAAUCAUGAUUUCUCUAACUUCCAGUAACCACUGCAUCCCCCCUCUCUCCGUCCCUCCCCCACCCAAGACGCACCAGAUACAAAGUCGUCUUGUCGAGUCUCAUUGUCUCUACCCGUUCUCACCUAACAAACAGCUAACAAUAGGAGGUAGACACAAAAUGUUGGAGUAACUCAGUGGAACAGACAGCAGCUCCGGAGAGAAGGAAUGAGUGACGUUUCGGGUCGAGACACUUCUACAGACUUCAAACAGCUAACAAUGGCCUGUAUCCUUUAUCAUCUUUAUUUUUUUGCAUAUCUUUCAUUCAUUUGUUCUAUAUCUCUUUACAUCACCGGCUCUAUCAUUUCCCUUUCCCCUGACUCUCAGUCUGAAGAAGGGUCUCGACCCGAAAAGUCACCUAUUCCUUUUCUCCAGAGAUGCUGCCUGACCUGCUGAGUCAUUCCAGCUUCUUGCGUCUAUCUUAUGAAGUAAUGUAAUGUUAGCCCCUCAUGCUCAAGAAAAUAAACAAAAAUGGCAUUAGUACAAUGUUAGCUUUGUGAAGAAAUGUAUAAUUAAAAUGUAUUUGUUAAAUGUGAGAAGAAUCAGAACUCAGAAUCUAUUGUAAAGUUUCAAAAUAGAGACACAAGGAACUGCAGGUGGAAUUGUGAGCAGAACACAAAGUUCUGGAGUAACUCGGCAGUGGUGCAGCAGUAGAGUUGCUGCCAGAGACCUGGGUUCAAUCCUGACUAUGGAUGUGGUCUGUACAGAGUUUGGCAGGUUCUCUCCUUGACCACGUGGGUUUUCCCCGGGUGCUCCGGUUUCCUCCCACACUCCAAAGAAGUACAGGUUUGUGGGGAACUUGGCAUUGGUAAAAAUUGUAAAUUGUCCCUAACGUGGGAUAGUGCUAGUGUACGGGGAUUGCUGGUCGGCGUGGACUGGGUGGGCUGAAGGGCCUGUUUCCAUGCUCUAUUUCUAAACUAAACUAAACGCAGUUGGUCAGGCAGCAUCACUGGAGGACAUGGAUAGCCAUGUCCUCUAGAGAUGUUGGUUGACCCGCUGAGUUACUCCAGCGUUUUGUGUUUUGGCUCAGUCACAAACAAUUUAUUGAUGUGUUUACCUCAAUUCAUAUUUCUCAAGGAGAUAGAUAGGUCACCAAUGCCAUCUGCAAAAAUCCCACAGCUCAUCAAUUCAAAUUUACUCAACAACCAUGUACGUAUUCUGAAGGAGUUUCAGCAUCAUGGUGUCUGUAACAGGGUGGAGAUUAACAUUUAAGCAAUUGUUGCUUACUGAUGGUGCAUGUCUUUUAUAACUGGAAAUUUAAUUAUGCUCAAUCUCCAAAGCAAAGCCUCAUUUAGAACAUUAUUUGAAGUGACAAAUCUUCAUACAAAUCACACCUGUUCUACAUUACAUUGCACAUGUUAAGUGCACACCCUCAAUGAUUUCAUGAACAUUUUUUAAAACCUGCACGCAUUUAACCAAACAAAGGCUAUUUAUACUGCUGUACACCUAGAACUGUAAAUACUGAACUGGAUAUAUAUGCAUUAGCUUCGAUUUCUUGCACUUUUUAAUGUUUAGAAUUACUGUUUUAUUGAAGAAAUGAAAAUUGCAGAGCAUUUAUUUUAAGAAAAAUAAUCUGAAAUGAAAAUGUACAUCAAAAGCCUCUUGCAAAAGAGGAUUAUGACAAAUUUAAUUGUUACUUCUGUAAAACGAAUAGAGAUAAAUUUUAAUAGAAUGCCCCAAAUGAACCUUGGUAAUCCGAUAGGCAUUUUAAUAAAAUCUGAAUAGAUGUU